AUAUAUUGUAUAGUUGGAAACAAUUAAUAUGGAUCUCACCUCACCAGUUUAGAGAUUUAUGACCUUUAAUUGUGAAUAUAAGGAGAAGGGGUAUAGCCGUAUUAGGUGCAUAAGCUACAACCAAAUCAAUACCUCUCGUUUUCCUUCAGAGAAAAAGAGAAGAGACAUGGACGCCAGCACGGAUGCCGCAGCAGCCGCCCUGCGCCCGCCGAUGACCAAGUCGACCAGCUUCUUCAUGGACAUCGUCGUCAACCCGGACGGCACGGUCACGCGCCCGGACAUCCCUCUCGUCCCGCCCUCCGCCACCGGCCCGGCCGUCUCCAGGGACGUGCCCCUCGACGCCUCCCGCGGCACGUACCUCCGCCUCUACCUCCCCAACCCCGUCCCGCCGUCGCCUGCCAAGCUCCCCGUCGUCCUCUACUUCCACGGCGGCGGCUUCGUCAUCUUGUCCGCGGCCACCGUCUUCUACCACGGCUACUGCGAGGCCAUGGCCGCCGCCGUGCCCGCCAUCGUCGCCUCCCUCGAGUACCGCCUCGCGCCCGUGCACCGCCUGCCCGCCGCCUACGACGACGCCGCCGCGGCCGUGCGGUGGCUCCGCGACGCGGCGCCCGAGGACCCCUGGGUCGCCGCGCACGGCGACCUGUCCCGCUGCUUCGUCAUGGGCAGCAGCUCCGGCGGCAACAUGGCAUUUUUCGCGGGCGUCCGGACCAAGGGCCUCGACCUCAGCCCGGCCGCAGUGCAGGGGCUCCUGCUGCACCAGCCUUACCUCGGCGGCGUCGAGCGGACGCCGUCGGAGGCCAAGUCGGAAGACGACUCCAUGCUGCCUCUGGAGGCCAACGACAAGCUCUGGAGCCUCGCGCUGCCGGUGGGCGCAGACCGCGACCACGAGUUCUGCAACCCCGCGAAGGCGUUGCCUCCGGACGCGGUGAGCGGCCUGCCGCGGUGCCUGGUGACCGGGAACGACGCCGACCCGCUGAUCGACAGGCAGAGGGAGUUCAUCGGGUGGCUGCAGGAGCGCGGCGUCGAGGUCGUCGCGAAGACGGACUUCGCGGGGUACCAUGCUGCGGAGCUCUUCGUGCCGGAGAAGGCCAAGGAGCUGUGCGCCACGGUGCGCGAGUUCGUCUUCGCCAACGACGCUUGACGCGGGCAGACGCAUCGUACUCUAGUCGGGUGGACCUGAUGCUCCGUUGAAUUCGUGUGUGUGACCGUGGGCAAUAAUUGAUGGCACUGUUGAAUCUUGGUGACUUGGUACGGUGCCGUUCUGGUGCGAGUGAGUUCUUGUGCAAUUGUCCUCGUAUUACUUGUUUUUACGGAGAAAUCGUGUGAUCAUUUCUCUAUUGAUUACCUCUAAA